CUCGAUGGUCAGGCAUUCUGUUUCCUAAUCCACCUGGAAGGACUACAGACCGGGGAUGGAGGUCCCUAUCGGUAUCAGCGCUUCCCAGGGAGCCAUGCGAUCCCUCCCUAUGAAGCUGGAAUCGUUACUGUCGGGAUUGGGGAACAGGCUGCAGGCGGAGGAGAAGAAGAAGCUCCGCAUGCUCCAGGGGGAUCUCCAAGGACUCAUAGACAACUACCUGCUGGAGCCAUCGGAGGUGGAGUCCCCUGCCUCGACGGCCAGCUCCUGGAUGGAAGGCGUGCGCGAACUGUCGUACGACAUCGACGACUUCAUCUAUGAGCUCACCCAUGUUGCCCGUGGCGGCGCCAGGAUCAACGUCGUCCUGAAACGCUCCCGCUUCAAGAUCUCCCGGUUUCCAGGGAAUGUGAGACGGCGCCAGUGGAUCACCGACGAGAUCUCGACAUUCAGGACUCGCGUGCAGGAAGCCAUUCGACGGCACACAGAUUAUCUCGGCAGUAACUGCAAGUGGCGGCCUAGCAGCAGCGGUCAGCCUCCUCCUCCGUCAUUGCGGUCCGGCGAGGCCGCCACUCACCUUGUUGGAGUGGACAGCUCCAUCAAGCAGCUCCGUGGCUGGCUGGAGAACGAUGGACAGCCCCAGCACAAGGUGGCUUCCAUUGUUGGACCUGGUGGCUAUGGCAAGACCACCCUCGCCAAACAAGUGUACCGUAUGCUUGGAGGUCAGUUCGACUGCCUAGCUUUUGUGCGGACAUCGCCUAAGGCAGACAUGAAGGGCCUCCUCACCAGCAUACUCUCGCAAGUUGGACGGCAUCGGCUCCCUGCCGACCACGCUUGCAAUGUGCAUCAUCUGGUACUCAACAUCAACGCCCACCUACAAGACAAGACGUACUUAAUUGUUAUUCAAGAUCUGUGGGCAUUAUCAACCUGGGACCUUAUAAAUCGUUCUUUGCCAAAGGGGAACCGUUGCAGUAGGAUAUUAACGACGACCCAAGUUGAAGUCAUCGCCCAGGCAUGCUGUGCAGAUAAUUCCAAGAGUAUUCCUACUACGAAGAAAGAAGAUGAUUCCAGAUAUAUCAUCAGGAAGACAACACUUACUGAAUAUGAGUCAAGAGAGCUAUUUCUGAGUACAGCUUUCGGCAAGCAAGCAGAAUGUCCUCAACACCUCAAGGAAGUUUCAAAUGAAAUUAUAACAGCAAGUGGUGGCUUGCCUCUAGCAAUUAUUAUAUUGGCCAGUAUCUUGGCACGUCAGCCAGCCAACAGCAUAGAGCAAUGGCAUUACAUAAGGAAUUCACUUGGUCCUGCUUUGAUUACAAGUUCUAGUUUGGAAAGGAUAAAUCAAGUUCUUAACCUUGGAUAUGGCAGCCUUCCUCACUGUUUGAAAGCAUGCAUGCUAUAUCUGUGUCUGUAUGAAGAGGGUUGCGUAAUCUGGAAGGAUGAUUUGGUGAAGCAGUGGAUAGCCGAAGGUUUCACCGGUGCAGUGGAAGGUCAUGAAGCGGAAGAAGUUGCACGCAGCUAUUUUGGUGAGCUUGUUAACAGGGGAAUGAUCCAACCUGUGGACAUCAACUGCAACGAUGAAAUUCUGUCGUGUACAGUGCACUACAUGGUACUUCAUUUUGUCAGGGACAAGUCCAUGGAAGAGAAUUUCUGCAUUGCAGUAGAUCAUUCUCAGACCACCAUAAAGCUUGCUGACAAGGUUCGUCGGCUGGCCCUCCACUUCGGCAAUGUGGAAGAUGCCACUCCGCCGGGCCCAGAAUGUAUGAGACUGUCAAAACUUCGAUCAAUGGUCUUUUCUGGUUUUCCCAAGUGCAUGCCAUCAAUUGUGGAUUUCCGGUUUCUUCAGGUUCUGACCCUUAAAUUGUUGGUGGAACCCGACAAAAUGAGUGACAACCUUACUGCAUCUGAUGACCUGUGUGUCAACAUCACUGAACCUGAUGACUUGAGUGACAACCGCAGUGAAUGUGAUGGUGACCUGAGGUAUAACCUGACUGAAAUUUCGGAGCUCUUCCGACUGAGGUAUUUUCAUCUUGAUGCAUGUAAUAUGAGUGUGCUGCUUCCAGUCCAGAUUCGACAGCUGAAAUAUUUGGUGGCAUGGGAAAUUUAUGCCGAAGUAACUGCAGUUCCAUCGGAUAUUGUCGAUCUGCCGGGCUUGUUGUACCUCAGCAUUCCUAGCGAGGCACAUCUGCCAACUGGUAUUGACCGCAUGACGUCUCUUCGCACUCUGGGACUUUUCAAUCUCAACAAGAACUCAUCAGAAACCAUUAUGGGCCUCAGCAAGCUAACCAAUCUCCAGGAACUUCGUCUCACAUGUGACACAUUACAACCUGGUAACCUGGAAAAGAACCUGGAUUGCUUGGGGGUGAUAGUUCGGAAAUUAAGGAAUCUCAAACGUGUAACUCUAGUACCUGCAGCUUCCUCUCUUGUGAAUACUCAGAAUGAUGGAGGUUCUUCAAGCAUGAGCAUUUCCUGGCCUGGCUUCAGCAUCCAGCCCCUUUCUCCAGCCCUUCUUCAGACACUAGAGUUGUCACGGCACUGUUGCAUCUUCUCCACCCUACCUGAGUGGACCAAAGAACUUACCAACCUUUGCAUUUUAAAGAUCGCAGUUAAGAGGUUGUCGAGGAAAAGUAUUGAUAUUCUUAAAGGACUGCCUUCCCUAGCUGCUCUCUCGUUGUUCCUCUGGACUGCUUAUACCGCCCCUGCGAGGAUCAUGUUUGACGAUGAGGGAUUCUCAGUUCUCAACUACUUCAAGUUUGUGUGUGCCACACCAUGUCUUGAGUUUCUGGAUGGAGCAAUGCCCAAUGUCCGAAAGCUCAAGCUGGGUUUCAAUGCUAACCGAUUGGAGCAAUAUAGCUUGGGUGAUACUGGUUUCGACCGCCUAACUGGCCUAACUGAGAUCUCCACAAAAAUUGGGGGUACCGGUACUGCUAAUGAACACGACAUAAGGUCAGCUGCACUGUCAAUCUUGACCACCGUCGUUGCCAAGCAUCCAAGCAACCCCAUCAUCAAUGUGCAAAGGGUGGAUUGGAAUUUUUGUGGUGACGAGGAGAUGGGCAUGGAUGAAGAACACGCAAUUCAAAAGAAGAACUGGGAGAAAGAUGCCCAGAAAGAAGUUUAUAUAAGGUACCGUGCAAAAAAAGAAGUUGAUACAAGGACUUACACGCCACCAGAAUCCACCUUGCAUCCGGGGAAUACAGGCAUCCAGAGCCAGAUCAUGUGCAGUCGGUGCAGUACCUGUCUACUAUACCGCAAAGGGGCCCCGGCCGUGUUAUGCGCGGUGUGCAAAGCCGUCAGCUACCCCAAAGGUAACGUAGAUGCAACCCAUGAGCUGUCAAUCUUGCCAGACCAAAACCGUGAGGUCCUGAAGUAUGUGUUGAAGAUCCUUGAGCUUGUUGGUCAGAGUAUAAAAUUCUUUCAGGCACCCACUGUCAUGUGUCGUGAGAAAACAACGACGCCUACCGUGGUGCUCGAGAUGCGGUCCCUCCUUGCCCUGACCAGCAUCCCUGCCUCGUUGCGCCCCCAUCGCCGCAUAGCUGCGCCGGACACGUGGCGCCCCCGCGUUGCUUCACCGCCUAAACGAUGCUUCGCUGCCGCACCCGUGCGCCAGCGUGGGCGCGCCUCCUCUGGCACCCUGUGCCGCUCCGGCGCGCCCGUCCGCUUCUUCCACGCUCGUGUUCCAGGCUUGUGGACAUUGCUAGCCCUUUUCUUGCUCCUCUCGUUCAAGAACACACAUACAUAUGGACACUGCUAG